CCCGACCGCUUUUAUGUACUCGUGCUUCCCGAAUUGUUGGUCUCCAUCUGAUUACGGUUCAGCCGCCUCGCAUACACGUACGCUGCUACUCACAGUCACAGGUGGCUGCCAUCCCGCCCAUCCCGCGCACCCUAAUUAGAGGAGUCCGUCGCCUCAGCGCCCUCGCCCUCGCCUUCUCAUCAUCGUCCUCCGCCGCCGCCUCCCACCCGCAUCUGGACUUCUCGGAAGGGCAACCACUGCCUCCUCCUCCUCCUCCUCUUUAUUCUUACAAAAUAGGCAUGGAGGCUGCCGGGUAUGAGAAGGAGGUGGAAGUGGCGGUGCGGGUGGUGCAGAUGGCCUGUUCCCUGUGCCAGAAGGUCCAGGAGAGCCUCGUCCGAAGUCCCCCGGAUCUGAUCACGUCCAAGGACGACCGCUCCCCCGUCACCGUUGCAGAUUGGGGUGUUCAAGCAACUGUAAGUUGGGUCCUUUCGCAGAGCUUUGGCAGUGGAAAUACAUCGAUUGUUGCAGAAGAAGAUGACCAAACCUUAUCAAGUAAGGAUGCCACUGUCUUACUGGAAUCUGUUGUGAAUACCGUGAACAGUUGCCUUAGUGAGGCUCCCAAAUAUGGCUUUAGAGCUCCUGAAAAAGAAUUGGAGACUUGCGAAGUACUUGAAGCUAUACGCAGUUGCAACUCUACUGGGGGUUCAAAGGGAAGGUUUUGGGUCCUUGACCCUGUCGAUGGCACGCUUGGCUUUGUACGAGGCGAUCAAUAUGCUAUUGCUCUUGCCUUGAUUGAGGAUGGAGAAGUUAUACUUGGUAUUCUUGGGUGCCCAAAUUAUCCAAUGAAGAAGGAAUGGCUUAACUAUCACCAACGCUAUUAUAGGUUAAUGUCUAACUUGUCUCCUCCGACAUUUGGGUCCUGGCAUAAGGGGUGUGUGAUGUAUGCUCGAAAAGGUAGCGGUAAAGCUUGGAUGCAACCGUUAGUUCACGAUGUUGGGGAACUUGAUUUGCAUAAUAAUGCAAGGGUAGUUCGAGUAUCAUCCGUCAGCGAUCCUGCUUGUGCAACUUUUUGUGAACCGGUUGAGAAGGCCAACUCGAGUCAUUCAUUCACGGCAGGACUUGCGCAGAGUGUUGGUGUGAGGAAACAGCCUUUGAGAGUAUACAGCAUGGUAAAGUAUGCAGCGAUAGCUCGAGGGGAUGCUGAGAUAUUUAUGAAAUUUGCUAGGGCUGGGUACAAAGAAAAGAUAUGGGACCAUGCAGCUGGGGUUGUCAUUAUACAAGAAGCUGGUGGUGUGGUCACAGAUGCUGGAGGCCGCCCUCUGGACUUCUCCAAGGGUAUAUAUUUAGAAGGUCUCGACCGCGGCAUAAUAGCCUGCUCUGGUGCAUUGCUGCAUGAGAAAAUAAUCAAAGCAGUUGAUGCUAGCUGGGACUCGUCCAAUCUUUGAUGCAACUGAGUGCAUUAAUAAUGAAGCUCCAACUGUAUUGGCUUAUGUUGGUCCGCCCUAUGGAGCUCUUUGGAGCAGUGACACAGGUUUACAUCUGCAUCUACUUUGCAAUCAAGAGGUUCAGCAAGACAUUAGCUGUUUGGGUACUGAACAACUAAACGAUUAUUACUCAGGAGAGGCCUAAAGGGAAGGGAAUGCAUUUUCUUCUUUUCUUUUUGGUGGAUCUUGGGAGGAUCUGGUCUGAAGGGUGUAGAUUGUAGGGUUCUGUGGUGGGAAGGGAAAGAUGUGUACCGUCCAAUCUGCAGUUGGAUAGUUCCAAGGUGCUCGUCUAAGACCUUCCGCUUGGGAGUCCUCUCCUUGUAUAGCUUCUAUUGUCUAUCUACUUUCAUUAGUAACAUUUUCAGGUUUUUGCAUUCUUCCAUCAAGUUGGCUUUUUGUGUGGCUUCUCCAUUACAAUGAUAUGCCUCUUUUUAAGCA